AUGGCCGAAUCGAUUUCCGAAGGUACCCUCAGCAGCUUCUCAAAACAAGUGGGUGAUUAUGUCGAGCAGGACGAGGAAAUUGCGUCCAUCGAGACAGACAAGAUCGAUGUCUCCGUCAAUGCACCCGAAGCUGGCACAAUAAAAGAAUUUCUCGUCAGCGAGGGAGACACUGUAACUGUCGGACAGGAAAUUGCAAAGCUUGAACCAAGCAGUGGAGGUGGCGGAGGUGCUAAAGAAGCAAAGGAAGAGCCCAAGGCACCUGCUUCGGAGGAACAGCCCACAAGCUCGCACCCCGAGCCGAAGAAGGAAGAGCCACCUCCACCGCCGAAAAAAGAGGAAAAGCCCGCUCCGCCAAAGGAAGAGAAGAAGCCUCCUCCACCACCUAAAGAGGAAAAGAAACCUGAUGAAUCCAAAGCCGGAAUUGAGUCGCCAUUUGGUAAGGGCACGAGGAACGAAAACAGGGUCAAAAUGAACCGAAUGCGUCUGAGAAUCGCGGAGCGUCUCAAGCAGUCCCAAAACACCGCGGCAUCAUUGACCACAUUCAAUGAGGUGGACAUGUCCAACAUUAUGGAAUUCCGGAAGAAGUACAAGGAUGAGAUUUUGAAGAACACCGGCGUCAAACUUGGCUUCAUGAGCGCUUUCGCAAAGGCCAGCAUUCUGGCCAUGAGGGAAGUGCCCACCGUCAAUGCUUCUAUCGAAGGUCCAGGUGGUGGCGACACCAUAGUGUACCGAGAUUUCGUGGAUAUCAGUGUUGCGGUGGCUACACCUAAGGGCCUGGUGACUCCUGUGGUUCGAAAUGCCGAGAGUAUGGAGAUGGUUGAGAUCGAGAAAGCCAUUGCGGAUUUAGGCAAGAAGGCUCGUGAUGGAAAGCUCACCAUUGAAGAUAUGGCGGGAGGUACCUAUACCAUCAGCAACGGCGGCGUCUUCGGGUCAAUGAUGGGUACCCCCAUCAUCAACCUGCCUCAAACCGCUGUCCUCGGCCUGCAUGCCAUCAAAGAGAGAGCGGUGGUCGUCAACGGCAAAAUAGAGAUCAGACCAAUGAUGUACCUCGCGCUCACGUACGAUCAUCGUUUGCUUGAUGGAAGAGAAGCGGUCACGUUCUUGGUGAAGAUUAAGGAAUACAUAGAAGAUCCACGGAAGAUGCUUUUGGCAUAA